CAAGAGAAGAAAACAAGCGAACCAAUCCCUUUCGUUCCGACAUUUGAAAUCAUCAAAGUGCUUAAUUCCAAUAUUCGGUGCUUCGAGAAAAAAUUUGCUCAUCGUUCAUCACAAAUCGGAUUGCAGAUCAACGGCGGUCGUGUAGACAUUUGAAUUUUUUGAAAUUCCCACCUCAACUAUCGAUACAUUUGCACAGCGGACCAUGGGUGCGACCGGGUUACCGCUGCUUUACACAGCCAUUUUGUUGGCCCUCAGCGUUUCCUACAUUCAAGGACGGGUCGGUUUUGAGAAGCUGUCGGAAAUGGACUACCGAGGCAACACUUACUACACGAUCCGCAAUUUGUCGCUCUACGAAUGUCAAGGAUGGUGCAGAGAAGAGCCGGACUGUGCGGCGGCGUCCUUCAGUUUUGUGGUCAACCCACUGGCGCCCAUCCAGGAGACCGUGUGCCUGUUGCAAAAUGAGACGACCGGGGCCAGUCCCACCGUCACUCCGCAAAAAUCCGUCUCCACUUAUUACAUGAUCAAGCUCAACAUCAGAUCAGAGAAUGUAUGCAACCGACCGUGGACUUUUGAGAGAGUGCCAAACAAGAUGCUUCGCGGUCUGGACAACGCUCUCAUCUUCACAGCUACCAAAGAGUCUUGCCUGGCCGCUUGCCUCAACGAGAGACGAUUCGUUUGUCGGUCGGCCGAGUACAACUACAUCACAACCAAGUGCCACCUCAGCGAACAUGACCGACGCUCUGUCGAUGACAAUGUCGAAUUGGUAGAUGCCCAAGGAGUCGACUAUUUUGAAAAUCUUUGCUUGAAAGCUGCUGAUGGAUGUCGUGGAGUUCGCCAGUACGCAGUGCCGUCCGUCGGUGUAGCCGAAGAUCGUGUGGCCCAACACGCCGACGUCUAUUUUUAUGUCGACAAAGAACUAUUGGCCAGUAACGAAGCAGCUUGUCAACGCGCCUGUCAAGUCGAGAACGAAUUCCUUUGCCGUUCUUACUUGUACAAAGAGAGCUCCGCCGGUCUAGAGUACAAUUGCCAGCUGUAUCAUUUGGAUCAUUUCUCCCUGCCCGACGGACCGACCACUUUCCUGACCACGGACCGACCGCUGCUCGACGACGGAGAGCCUGUCGGCAAGUUCGUCGAGAACGUCUGCAUCAGUCCUGAUGGACUUGGUGAACUUACUGGACAAGAGGUCGUCAGUGGUGGAGGUGCCGGCGGACCCAUCAGCGGAAGUCUUACUGGAGGAAGUGGAUCUGGAACAGGUGGCAGUCUUAAUGUAGGCAGUGGAAUUGGAGGUGGCACAACCGGCGGAAGUGGAAGCACUGGAACUGGAGGAAGUGGAAGCACUGGAACUGGAGGAAGUGGAAGCACUGGAACUGGAGGUAGUAACACUGGAGGAAGUGGAAACACUGGAACUGGAGGUAGUAACACUGGAGGAAGUGGAAACACUGGAACUGGUGGAAGCAGUGGAACUGGCGUCAGCACACCUCGUCCAACUCGUCCUACUCGACCAGGUCUCAACGUUGGAUCAGGUAUCACGGCGGGCAGUGGAACUACCGGCACUGAUGGCACAGAUUUCACUGGAAUCACCAGCGGUGGAUCAGGCGGAAUCAGCAGCGGAGGCACAGGCGAUUUAACUACCGCCACCGAAUCUGAUAUCAACUGUGAUCGUACUGGAACUUGUUACGAUGUUGGAGUCCAUUGCCGUGAUACCAAGAUCGAGGUCCUGAUUAAAACCAACAAGCCAUUCAGCGGCCGUGUUUACGCCCUUGGCAGAAGCGAGACUUGCAACAUCGAUGUUCAAAAUAGCGAUAGCUUCCGGCUGGAUCUCUCCAUGAACGGCGGCGAUUGUAACACGCAAUCCAUGUCUGGCAUGUUUACCAACACGAUCGUCCUCCAGCACCACAGCGUUGUCAUGACUAAAGGAGAUAAAAUCUACAAGAUUAAGUGUACUUAUGACAUGUCGCCGCGUAACGUUUCCUUCGGAAUGAUGCCCAUCAGAGAUCCGGACAUGAUCAGCAUUACUUCAGCUCCUGCUGCACCUCCUCCACGUAUACGUAUCUUGGAUCCCAGCGGUGGAGAUGUCGAGACUGUUCGUAUUGGAGACCGACUCAUUUUCCGCAUCGAAAUCCCCGGCAACACUCCCUACGGUAUUUUCGCCCGCAGCUGUCUUGCUAUGGCCAAAGACUCUAGAAGCACCUUCCAGAUCAUCGAUGAUGAUGGUUGCCCAACGGACCCCUCCAUCUUCCCUCGCUUCGUGCCCGACGGUACAGCUUUGCAGAGCACCUACGAGGCUUUCCGCUUCACUGAGAGCUACGGAGUCAUCUUCCAAUGUAACGUUCGCUAUUGUCUCGGACCUUGCGAACCGGCUAACUGCCAAUGGGGAAGAGAUACCAUGGAAUCAUGGGGACGUAAACGUCGUAACGCCGAGACACCAGAAAAGACCGAAGAGGACAUGACAUUGUCGCAGGAAAUCCUCGUCUUGGACUUUGGAGAUGAUGAAACCAAAUUCAGCAACAGACAGACAGCUUCGUUGCCUGCCAACUUCCCUAACAACAGUGAGAAAUAGCUAAAAUUACUGGAA